CUCACAGGAUAGAUCCUAAACCCUCAUUUGACCGGCCGGACACGGUGCGCUUGUCAGGAUCUCUUCGAUCUCUUUCUUUCGACAUCGCUCACGAAAUUUAUUGGUGUUCCUUUGAAUCUCUUUCUGUCGAUUGGCGAUGGCGAGGGGAAGCUCGCAGUCGCAGACGUCGUCGUCCGCCGGGGGCGCGGCACGGCCGAUGACGGUGGGAGCACGGGGAACGCCAGCUGCGGCAGCAGGAAUGCGGCGACGGAGGCUGGGUGGCGGCGGAGGGGGCUCCGCCGGAGGAGGAUUCGGCGGCGGGGCCGCGGGGAGCAACAUGCUGAGGUUCUACACCGACGACGCACCCGGGCUCAAGAUGACGCCUACCGUCGUGCUGGUGAUGAGCCUCUGCUUCAUCGGCUUUGUCACUGCGCUCCACGUCUUCGGAAAGCUCUACCGCUACAGAUCCUCCGCAACCGGGGGUUCUUGAUCGAGGGGCACACGCCCACGCCUCUGUAAAAGAUCGAGGUCUUUGCUCUGUUUUCUUGCUGGAAAUUGUCUUUGCUUUAGUUGGAACUUUUUUGAUCUUAGGGUUAGAAAGAAGAGUGCUUGAGAUUGUGCUUGUUUUUUCUUCCCAAAUGAAUGAAUUGUGAUCUUUCUGCUUAAU